CUCGGAAGCGUGAAUUUCCCGCUUUCCAUCGGAUUUUAUCGCCUUUUCUCUUGUGAUUCUUGGCGUUUUUUGGCUGCUCACUAGCUGGUAGUGAUGGUGAUAAGUGAUUACCAUGGAUUACACGUACGACAAUAAACCCUAUUCCGGCGUAGCACAGGCGCCCGAGGGCUCCGGAUUCUUCUCUUCUGUUCCCAACACGACCACCUUCCUAAAGGUACCGAAUCCGCUGAUCAAGCAAGCGGCGAAGAACGCAGUACCCGCGGCCAGCCACCCCGAGGGAACUGUAACUCCACCCGUAAACUACAGCCAAAACCAGCAGUACGGAGAAGAGAACCAUGUUGAAGAGAAAUCAUCGUUCUUGGUUGGCAGAAAGCAGCUAGAGGUGCAGUUUGUGUCGAGUGCAUACGUGCAACAGCACCCCCAGCAGUUUGUGCACGGGCCAGUUCAUGCUGUGCAUUAUGCGCAUCAGCCUCCACAUCUUGCGCAUCAACAGCUCCAGCAGCACCUAGUACCAUCUGUGCCAUCACACCUGCAUCAACCGCAACAGCAAGUGGUGCCGCAGCAGCUUCAGGAUCAUCAUCCGCAGCUUGGAGCAGGCUACUAUGACUAUACCACUCAUUCGGACACUACUUCCACGGUCGCAGGUCGUCGCUACAAUAAUCAAUCUUCGCCCACCGUGACCGGAGAAGCCGUUACCCAGACAUUGACGGUUCCAGUUGUUGCCGGAACCUCUUCCACUCCUGUUGCCACUGCAAGCGCUGCUCAGGCUGCUAGCUUUAGUUGUAACGCAUGCUCAAAAUCAUUUGCCUCAAGGCUGAAGUUGACGAAACACCAGAAAUCGCACGGCGCGGCAGAUACGGAGGAAGUGUUCAAGUGCCGGGUGUGCGAAAAAAUAUUUCGCAGCAAAAGCACCCUCAUAUGUCACGAGAAGGUGCACGGGGAGAACGGGGUAGGUAACAACUUUUCGUGCGCCGAAUGUGGCAAGAUGUUUGCCAGCGAGGAGAAGCUGCAGGUGCAUCACCGAUUGCACACCGGAGAAAAGCCGUACGAGUGUAAGGUGUGUUCGAAGCAUUUUAACCACCAGUCCAACCUGAUCGUUCACUCGCGUAUCCACGAAAAGGUGAAGAAAGCGAUUAAAUGCGACCGGUGCAGCAAAGUGCUGGAUAAUGAGGAACGGUUGGCGGUACAUAUGCGACUGCACACAGGCGAAAAACCAUACAAAUGUUCCUACUGCGACAAGCGGUUCAAUCACAAAAGCACGGCAAGCACUCACGAGAAGGCUGCCCACAUAGCGGCCAAUUCGUUCCGGUGUGAUCGGUGCCAUAAGACAUUCAAUCAAAAGUGUCAACUGCAGUACCAUGAAAAGCUGCAAGAACCAGACACGAUCGCCUGUGCGAUGUGCGACAAGGUGUUCUGUUACACGGCGAGCCACAAGGAGCACGUGUUUAAGGUGCACAGUACUCGUCAGAAGCGAAAUCCGAAGAAGAGUGGGCCGUCUGAAACCAGUGCAAAGGGUGACAACAACCGUCAGGGCAGGAACAGGUUCAAAUGUACGGUGUGUGAUCGCCGGUUUUAUUAUGCACGUGCCCUCGAGCUGCACAUGGGCGUGCACGAUGCAUCACUCGAUGUCAAUGUACUGUACUACUCCUGUAACUACUGUCCCGAAACGUUUACCGAUGACGAUCUGCUGCGAAAGCACGAGGAGGACCAUGAGGCCAACGGUACGACUGAUUUCCUGAAGAAUUUAAAACAUCAAAUGGUGGAAGAAACAACGAAAGACGGUUUCCGGUGUCCAUUAUGCUUUAAAGAAUUCGCUGACCAGCAAACGCUUAGGGAACAUCAUAAGACACACCUUUGCGCGAACCCGGAGUGUAGCAAGUGUGUCGCAGCUAAUCAAGCCGAGUUCGAUCUCACAAUCAGCACGUACGAUGCAGCCGAAGACAAGCGUGAAACGGUGUGCAACGUCUGCCACCGAGAGCUGCCCACGUUCGAACAGUAUCAGAACCACUUUUACUAUCAUACAUCACGGGUCCCAUUCUAUUGCUACCAAUGCCGGGAGGAAUUUAAUGAUAAGCGCGAACUCUACACCCACACGAAGACACACCUGCCACGUGUUCCCGAGUCGUAUACGUGCAAGAACUGCGGCAAGGUGUUCUCAACGAAGGGCAACUUUAAGCGGCAUUUAAAAUCUCAUGAAGCCGUACGAGCAUUCGCUUGUGAUCGCUGCUAUAAGCAGUACGACUACAAAAGUGCUCUGGAAACUCAUUUGAAGCGAUCACACGGUAUCGAACUAUAGCGCGGCCAUAGGUCCAGUAAGUGCACGUUGCUUCUUCGGAAAACCAUACACUAAAAGUGCAUUAUUAAUGCAUCUGGCUAUCAUUAAGGCAACAAAAAGAAAAGUAAAAUAAAGCUAUCGCAGUGUCUUUAUUAACUCACUUUCAAGGUA